UCACCUGUCAUUCGUGCGAAGAGGCUCGACCGGGAAGAUCGCGGCAUAAAUUGUUCAGUGUGUAUAUGCUACUUAUUUAACAAACGCGAUCAUGUUUUCACAUUUAUUAGAAUUAGCGCUUAUCGAUUCGCACGAUUAAUUAAUUCGUACGACAUAUUAGAAUAUCGCGGUGAUGCGCAAUAAUAAAAUUCCUCGAAAACAUGUGAUAUUUGUUGACAAUCGACGAGUGAUUCCAGCGAUUUUUAUACUUGUAUUAGUUGUUUUUUGUAUGUCUAAUAUAGUAGAAUGUGCGAUUAAUGUCGAUGUGCGUAGUAUCUCGUAAUUAUCGCAUUUUGCAAAAUUAUUAGUGCGCGCACGCUAAUUAAUCGUAUGUUCGUAAUGUGAGCGUUAUGUUUACCAUGAAGUGGCUAAGAACAAACAAGAGAGAAGGAAAAGAUCCGGGAUGAUAUCGAGUGACGACGUACUGAAUAGAAUGGACAUCCUGCUGCGAGACAUGAACGCGCCGUGGCGAUGACAAGUCUGAUCUUGGAGAACGCCGACUUGAACCGACUCUUUCCGAAAUGCCGGCCUAGGGGCGGCCCACCCCCGGGGGCCUCCACGCAGAGCAGCCAGCAGCAGCCGCAUGACAGCCCCUGCCAGACGGAGGCCGCCGCUAUCACCACCGCCACCGCCGCGACCACCGCAACAGCCGCCGCCGCCGCUGUCACCAUCGCCUCCACGUCGACGAGCGUCUCCGCGAUAUCGGACGACAUGAUCGACCUCGAGCGUGACACCUCCGACAGGUAUAGGAAACGAGCGAAUGGCAGAAAAAAAUCAGGUUCGCUGUCCCGUAGGACGGCGAGCGUGGUGCCCAGUUUCACGGUCGAGGGCCAGCUGCCGCACGCCACGAAGCCGCUUUCGUCGAGCUCGUCCUCGGCGUCGGGACGCAGCGAGGAUGCGCCCCAAUACGGGAGUCUGCCGGGUAGCGAUCAUCAGGGACAAUCACAGCAGGAUGACAGCGGACCGGAGGAGAGCCCCGUGUAUAUCCUUACCUCGGCGAAAGGAGGCCCCAGCUAUAAACUCCGGGAUUCGAGAAUUAUAGAAAUUGCUGGUGGUCGAGAAGUAUUCUCACAAAGCAGAGGAAAGGUAGCGGCUAGAAAAUCAAGAUUUCUGGCUGCAUCAAAUUCUAUAAAUAACGAGGACAUUCAAACUGAUAAUAAGUUGUCUGUUAAGAAGAAUAACAAGUCCCCUAGCACACAGACCAUAUGGGAAUUACGAAGCCGAUGUGGUGAAACCAGGAAGCAACGCGCAAAUCGAGAAGUGACAGAGACUGUGUUUGCCUCUGAGGUACACUCGGUGCGACGCAACCCCACAAAAUCCAUUCUGGAUUAUGACUCACCUAAGAGCAACCGUAGCAAUCGCAUAAUUAAUUAUGAUUCAAUUUUGAAUAGCAAUAAUGUAGAAUAUACCAUACCAAAAAGUAUUACCGACCUGGACUAUGGAUUACCAAAGAGUUGCAUAGAUUAUCAAUCAAAUCACAAUACACCUGCGAGAAGUAUGGCAAUUGUCAGUGAUGGUGAAGUUGUGGUUUUUGAUGAUAUCGAUGACAACUGGCAAGGGCUAAGAUUAGAUUUGGCGAGCAAUACGAACCAAAUUACAGCAUCGAGUGUCGACUUGGAAACGGACGAUUCUCAAAGAGGUCGUAUUGCCCCGGAACCACCGAGCUCCAGUGUUGGGAGUACUCCUAGUCCUACAACAGCAUAUCACCGCAAUACUUCAGAAUUUUUCAAAGUUGUUACACCAGCGAGCGAUUGCGAGGCAGAUUCCCCAUCUCCAGAACGUAAUCAUAAAGUUGCGAGGGUCAUUGGUGAAUUACCAAUAGCUCAGUAUUCUGGCAGUCCGAGGCGUUAUGGAGUUCGUGAAAAUACACAGCUUCCUAGCUUAUUAUCGUCGCCUUCAAUGUAUAUGACACCAAGGCCUGGUUUUCCGCAAAGAGUAUUACCAACAACGCCAAAUCAUAAUGAGAAGGAAGAUACUUCUGGAGAAAUCAUUAUAGACAAGACUGUGAUAGAAAAUACUAGCAUCGAAGAUCAGCCCAUCGAUCCUUCAAGUCCAUCACCAAAGGCGGAAGAUGAAGAGGAGGAUUCUUUAAAACCGUCGACUUUGCCUGCUGAUAAUAUAAGCAGUCUCGUUUCGCCAGGAGGUAGUACUUUCGACUAUCUGUACGAAUUCUCAGAAACGCGGAAAGUAUUAGAAGAAUUCUUCAAAUGCCCGGCGCCGACGAAAGAAAAAGAGAACAAUAUAGAAUCUUUUCCUUUUCAAGAUCUUGAUUAUGAAUUACGAAGGCAAGGAGGAAGUGCAUAUGUUGGUCAACGAUUAGCUAGUGGUCCACCAGUAACGGAGGAGGUUAUGGUACAUGAAUCUCCAAAGAAGCAACGAGCGGAAUAUCCUCAAAAUGCGGGUGAACACGAAAACAAUUUUCUAGACCUCUCGGUAGGUACCGGUAGCAGUGAAGAUCUCGGAGAGACCGAGGUUGGUUUGCAAGUAGGGCACUCGCGUAAUUUCACGCUGAGUCCCGAGACAACCGACUGCGACAGCAAUUGCGGGGACUUGGAUAGCGAAGUGUCCCUCAUGAUGAUGGACAACGAAUUAAUGCCGGCAAGUGGCCUUCUCGGAUCGGUCGGCGAUCUGGGGAAUAAUUCGGAUUCCUUGAGAAUAUACACCAGCAUGCCGGUAUUAGAGGACGGUCUGUCUAGCGGUCAUGCGAGCGACACCGACAACAAUAAUCCUACUGUGAUGCUUAUGAAACGGCAGAUAAACGAAAUAGAGAAAGAGAUUAUACAGAGAACGCGUAACGACAUGUUAGGCACAAACGAAAACGACUCCGGAAAAGACGUUGGUCUGAAUGUAACAAAGGAUAUUUUACACACGUUGAAGACCACGUCGUCCCCCGAUCUGUUUAUCGCCAAGAAGGAGAAUUCGUACGACACGAACGAAUUGCAGCUCGACGGAUUGGAUCCACUGGGCACCCCGCCGCCGCCGGCGCCUCAGGGACGGCAAAGUGUAAACUUGGAGGUCAACUGUGGCGAGGUGGAAGCGGCUAUCAAAGACAUCAGGAUGGCGCUACAAAGGACUAAAACUCUCCCUGUGAAAUCUCCGUCCGAAGAUCCGCCGGAACCGAGCGUCAGUCCGAUAUGGAUACCAAGUAUAAUGGAUGGCAGGCGCAGACUCUGCAUGGAAAACAAUAGCGAGGAAUCCGAUGCGCGUCGCAUAGGCGAUGACGGUGACGUGGAGAUCGAGGAAUGUCCGGAUGAAGAGGAAGCGGAUACCGAUCUUGAAACAGAUCGACUACUCGGACAACAAAGAACGGACGAUCAAGGAUUUUAUGAUGAUAAGGGGUGGAGGAAGCCUAAGACUAGGACAAUGUUACCGCCAAUGAAUGCGAAAGUCGCUACACCAAAGCAAACCCCUCCCAAAACCUUGAGUGUCGCCCCGAUAGAAACGCUAGCGCCUUCCGAGCCCGUACCCUCGACGUCUACCUCGAUCUCCCCACCUCCCGUAGUGUCCGUUAUACAAUCGUCGUCUUCUAACGAGUGCGAAGUAGCCACUCCCGCGCAACCCACGUCGAGUCCGCAGAAGACCCCAGUCAAAAACUCUCCCUCAUCCCCUCAGAGCCUCAAGGAAUCCAACAACAAGGUGAAAAAGGAUAAGGAAGGAAAAAAGAAGAGCAGAAACAAAGAAGAUUUAUUGGACGAUCCGUCAGUAUUGAUCGAAGGUGUUCUGUUCCGCGCGAGGUAUUUGGGAUCCACGCAAUUGGUAUGCGAGGGUCAACCGACCAAGUCGACUCGAAUGUGUCAAGCGGAGGAAGCUGUUUCCAGGAUAAAGGAUGAUGGGCCGAUGCAGGCAACGCUCUUAAACUAUGGGGGGCAGCAUGGGUAUGGUCGCUGCAGCAUUGCCUCGCAAGGAAGCCUAGAGGAGGACGAGUGCGACUCAAGCGAAGAACUUAUAGGAAGCGCUUCUGGUGGGGGCCAGUCCGAGUCUCACGCGCUUGGGGCGAACCACCAGCCGAAACUGGCCCCGAUCAGUGGCUGCUUGGGGCCCACGACCGUUUUCAGACUACAAUUUCUCGGGUCGGUGGAGGUGGAAGAGGAAGGGGGACGUAAACGGCGUAAGCGCCUUAAGAACCACAUGGUGGAGGAGGCUGUGACAAAGAUCAAGGCAUUGGCACCAGACGGUGACACUCAGCCAAGUACGGAAGUAGAUCUGUUCAUAUCGACGGAAAAGAUUAUGGUUCUCAAUACUGAUCUGAAAGAAAUCAUGAUGGACCACGCGUUGCGCACUAUUUCGUACAUUGCCGAUAUCGGUGAUCUGGUGGUGCUAAUGGCGCGACGACGCUUUGUGCCGCACGAAAUGGAAGAAGUACCAAAAAUUAAUCGUACUCCGAAGAUGAUCUGUCACGUUUUCGAAAGUGAGGAAGCUCAAUUUAUAGCACAAAGUAUUGGACAAGCGUUUCAAGUAGCUUACAUGGAGUUCCUAAAGGCAAACGGGAUAGAAGACCAUAGUUUCGUUAAAGAAAUGGAUUACCAAGAAGUGCUCAAUUCGCAAGAGAUAUUCGGCGACGAGUUACAAAUGUUUGCCAAGAAAGAGAUGCAGAAAGAGGUAGUGGUGCCGAAAGCGAAGGGGGAGAUCCUCGGUGUCGUAAUCGUUGAAUCUGGAUGGGGCUCGAUGCUGCCAACCGUAGUCAUAGCAAAUCUGGCGCCGGCCGGUGCCGCCGCUCGUUGCGGACAGCUUAACAUUGGCGAUCAGAUAAUAGCGAUUAACGGUGUAUCAUUGGUCGGUUUGCCUCUGUCCACGUGUCAGACUUACAUAAAGAACUCAAAGAACCAGACAGUCGUGAAGCUGACCGUCGUACCGUGUGCACCAGUCGUCGAAGUGAAAAUCAAGAGACCUGAUACCAAGUAUCAGUUAGGAUUUAGUGUACAGAACGGAGUGAUAUGUAGUCUAUUGAGAGGCGGCAUCGCCGAACGGGGUGGAGUUCGGGUCGGUCAUAGGAUAAUUGAGAUCAAUAAUCAGAGUGUUGUCGCUGUACCGCAUGAAAAGAUUGUUAACCUUCUGGCUACAUCAGUGGGAGAGAUUUUGAUGAAAACGAUGCCCACGUCGAUGUUUAGACUAUUAACCGGCCAGGAGUCUCCGGUGUACAUAUAAAAGCGUUCAGUUGCCUGGCUGAUGCGUAGUGAACAGACAAUACAUCCGCCAUCCACUACCGUACACUAUUCGCUCUACUCUAUCUGUACAGAUUAUUCUACGCAAGUCUAUGCUUUGUGUUUCGAUUCUCAUUGGGACAAUUCGAUACAUUCACCAGCUCCUGCUUAGUAAACAAGAUUACAUAGGUACGUCGCAGAAAUGUUAUUAAAUAUUUACUCAAGCAUAAUUUAUAUGAUUAUCGUAAGAUAUAUAUAUAUAUAUAUAAUAUUAAUGAGAUUCUCUAUAACAUAAAUAUGUUUUCUUCAAGUUUAGUGGGAGAGAUAUCUUUUUUAAUAUUUCUUUCAUAAUAUCAGAGUUUAUUACUUGAAUAUUAUAUAAAAAUUAAGACAAAAUUUUGACUUGUUAACAAUCGAAUAAAACGAUAAAAAAGUAUAUUUUUCUUUUAGAAUUUUAGUAUAUAUAACACUCUGUGUUACAGAGAAUCGCAUUAUUUGCGCCAAGGAAGAUGAUAGGUGAUGCAAACUAUGCAGUUGCACAUGAUUAUAAAUAGCACAAAGCUCUUUACUGACAGCUGGAGCAGGGCUGGAAUUGUAUAUUACGUAGUUUAAUGACAUAGUAAUAUUUAUAAAAAGGAUCUCCCUCUCUAUCUCUCGUCUGGGAGAUACUUUAAGAGUUGAAGCGUUUAUUUAAUCUUUUUUAUCUUUAAAAGGCUGGCGAAUACUUGCGGCUUGGUGCCCAAUGGUGUUAAUUAAUUUGUACUAAAAUUACUAUCUAUUGUAGUAAACUUGGGAUGCGUAAAUCUCGUGAUAAAUAACGCUAUAGUAAUUAUAUAGAAGAGCGCAGUAAACAAGAUCUUUUUUUUAAACAAGUAAUUCCUUUUUACAAGAUCAUCAAAAUAAUUUUUUGCAAAGAUAAAUGACUUGUUACAAAGAUGAUCCAUCAAAUGGGUCUUGUAUGCCUACAUAUUACUUAUUCGACGCUAUCCUAUAAUACUCGGCUGUAUAUGAAGGUGAAAACUGUAACGUAGCACAUUUUAGCUACAUUGAUAUUAUUUUUCGAUAUUUGAAAAUCUUUCAAUUUGUAUAAUAAUCCUCAGAAUUUAUUGCCGCCCACAAAAAAUUGGACAAAUUAAAAAAAACUCAAGUUUUAUUUACCUCGAAUAUUGUUAUAAAUGCAAAAUUUCUUAACGAACAUAUAAUUACGUUAUGUUACACAUUUCUAGGAAAAAAUAUGUGACUUGUCUUUUUCUUUUUUGCAAAUGUAGUAAACUACAAGUUUGCAAAAAAUUAAAUUGUCACGUAAGUUGCAUUGAUCAUUUGCUUCUUCGAGCAUACAUUGAUAAAUAUUGAGAAAUGGCUGUGUAUUUAAGGAUCUAGAUUUUAUAGAUAUAAGAUUUCACUCGAUUUAGGCACUUUAGAAUAGGGAUUUCUAAACUUUUGAAUCUUACAUUUCCUCUUUAACCCCUCUCUCUGUAUUUAUCUAUCUCUUUUUUAAUAUUUUAGAAACUCUUAUAUUCUAAUCUCUCACUCUCUUCAAUAGAAACUCAACAUUUUUAUUGAAUUCUUCAUUUAAAGUUCACUUGUAACUUCUAAAAGUUCAGAAUAAGCUAUUGAAAUAUCUGAUUGACAUUUUUUUCAUAUCUUAUUAAAUAUCUUCACAUCUUCCAAAAUUUUCUUGCACGUUCCAAUUUGAGAAAUGAUAAUUUCAAAUAAUCUUAUUUUGUAGAUUCCUGCGAAAAAUUGAUAAAAACCGAUCAAGAAACGAAUAUUCUUCACUAAUAGAUCUUCGACUAUCAAUUCACAAAGAUAGUGUAGUAAUAAUAAAAAAAAAUACUUAUAUAUUUAUAGACGCGCAUCUCUUAUUCAUAUCAGCUUGCAGUAAGUCUUCACUUUAACAUGUAUAAUAUGUAAAUUGUUAUUCAAUUUAAUAUGGCUUUUCUCAUUGCAUAGGCAUACAAAGUGAAUUCUAGCUCUAAUCCCGAUUUAUAACUACGUCAAUGGAAAAUUUUUUCUAAAAUAUACAGACUGAUGACUUCUAUGUGUAAUCCAAUAAGAUACAAUUAUCCAAUCCUGGAACUCUCGCCGGAGUCGUACUGCUAGAAAGAAAAAAAACGUGUUCUCUUCUAUAUAAAUACUAUAUGUUACAAUAAUCUAAGUUUUAUCUAUUUUUGCUGAAGAUUUCUCACCUUCGAGCUAUUCUGCUUCAAAUAUCAAGAAGUGUGCGAUGAUACAAAUUUUGAGAUUCCUGAUGUCUGAUAAAAUUUCAAUGCCAAAGUACAUUAAGUAGUGAGGCGAGACAGGGGAUAGCAAAGUAUGCAUAAUUUUCAACAAAAAUUAUUCAAACUUUAUUUAUGAAUGUUUGUGUAUAUGUGAGUGUAUGUGUGUGUACAACUACCUAAUUACCUAUUAAAAUGGCAUAUUCUGAUUUGCAAGAAAAUCAAGCUUAUGUAUUAUCUUCACUUCUGAUAUCAUUCAGAGUGUUUGAAGAAGAGGGAAUUCAGGAUUUGAUAGUUCAGAGCAGACGCCCAAUUAUUUGUAAAAAAAAUGUCUAAUUAACAUAGAUCGAAAAAAAAUAACUUUUUGGAAAUAAGCAGAUUAUUCUUUAGUAUUAAACUAUAUUAUAACUUUUUAUCAAACCUGAAAAUUAUUUGCGUUUUAAGAUAGAAACAAUUUUCAAUUUUGAUAAUAAUUUUUCAAUUUAUGUAUCAAUUAGACAUAUUUUCGUCAGUUUAAUGAACGCUUUACUCUCAGAGCUCUGAUUUCUUCAUCAUUAAACACGCUGUACAAGUCAUGGAAUUUAUGUGUUCACAUAGUGUCAUAAUAUAUGUGUACUAAAGAAAAAAGUCAUACUUGUCUAAAUACGACGAAAAACGUUAAUUUUCUAAUAAAUAAAUUAGUUUUUAAUUUUUUGGAAGAUUAA